CGUGGCUCCAAGCCGGUUGCAUGCGGCUAUCCCCAUGACAGGCGCCAUGUUUAAUCACGUGGGGCUUUUGGCAAUGGACCCUCACAGCGCCCACUUCGUUGCCUUUGGUUAAGGAACGGCUUAGGGAUACAAAAAUAAAUUCAGUCUUCAAAGUUAAAGGAGGCUGGCUCAGGAUAUUAGUGCAGGGUAUUUGAACACCAGAAAACUUCUCAAGAUAUGCCUGUGAACCUUUGGGAUGUGUGCAAGGAGAGGGCAAAGAGUAAGACUGUCGCUGCUGGACAGAAAGAUACGACGUUGCUUUUCCUUGGAUCAAAGGAAACUGGCAAGACAACAUUGAUAAAUCACUUCGUUGGAAAGCUUGAUGAAGCUGCCAAGCCCACACUUGCACUGGAGUAUUCCUAUUGUUUACGUCAGACCAACAAUCCGACUGGAGGAGGGAAUGAGAUAUGUCAUCUCUGGGAGUUGCAAGGAGGCACAGCAUUUUCCUCUCUUCUUGAGGCAGCAAUAUCUAUUGGAAAUAUAAAGGGACUUUCCAUCAUUCUCAUGCUGGAUCUAAGUCAACCCAAGAUACUCUGGUCCACAAUGGAGAUCCUUCUCAAAGAUCUUAGAUCACGUUUGACCACAGUGCUCACAUCUUCUAAAGCUAAGGAAGAGAAUUUGCAGGAGGAGCUCCUGUCCAAUGUCAUGGCUCGCUUUGGAGAUCAUCAAGAGAAGCAUCAAAUAGAGCCAUUCCCAGUACCAUUUGUUAUCCUAGGAAGCAAGUAUGACAUCUUUCAGAAUUUUGAUCCAGAGGAGAAAAAGGUCAUGUGUCGUUGUCUGAGAAAUGUUGCUCAUUCUCUUGGAGCAAGCCUUCAAUUCUAUUCUUGCAAGGACACAGUGUUACUCAAAAGGGCUCGAGAUCUCCUAUCUCACUAUGCCUUCAAUACUGCCCCAUUGAAGAUAAUGUCAACUGAUUACAACAAGCCUUUGGUUAUUCCUGCUGGCUCAGAUUCUUUCAGCCAGAUUGAUAACAAAGGAGCUGAAGAAGAAAGCAGUUCUGGGCACAACUUCAAUCUUUGGAGGCACACAUUCACCUCUCUUUUUCCUCAGGAAAAGCAGGAGAAAUUGGAUCUUCCUGAUGAUCCAGCAAUCAAUGAGAAGUAUCCUGAGCCAGAUGUGGAUAAUCUUCGUAAGCAAAAAGAUGAGGAUUUGCAGAGAUAUCUGAGAGAACUGGAGCGAAAGCGAACCACUGUUGCUGAUCUCCUGUGAAAGAUGCUUGUCUUUCUAUUUGGAAUGUGUUAUGCGGAUUUUUUUUUUUUCAAAGUUUUUGUCCAUCAUUCCCAAAUGAUAAUUUUUGGAAGAAUUUUUCACUUAAAAGGGAAGCAGCAUUUAAAACCUGGUAGCAUUUCUGAGGAGGAUAAACAUGGACUAACACCC